AGAUCAGCAAUGUUAAAUUUUAUAAAAAACGAUGAUACGCCGUCGUUUUGAAGGAAGAACUCCCACCCUCCCCCCGGGUCCAAUUCCGUGGAUAACGAUCGAGUAAAACCCCCAGGAGGAAUGCAGAUUACAGAGUAGUUCGCAGGGAGUGCGAGAGAUGGCUGUAUCAGCUGUUCAAUCCAUAUAUUCUUCUUGUUUGGCUCUUCCUUGCAAGCUUAGAAAUCUCUCUCUUAGUAGCUAUUCUUCUGCUUCUACUUGCUCCAACCCGGCCCCUUACAGGUCUCUCAGCUUCUCGGCAAACCUGUCUCACGAUGUCUUCUCCAAAGGGUGUUUGUCGAUGAGCACAACCCAGAAGCCAAUUGGUAGCGCCGUAGUUUGCCAGGCAGCUCCAACGAAGAAAGCCGACUCGGCUGCGAAGAGAGCCCGUCAAGCUGAGAAAAGGCGCAUCUACAACAAAGCUCGAAAGUCUGAAAUCAGAACCCGGAUGAAGAAGGCUUUGGAAGCAUUGGAUGUGCUGAAGAAGAAACCUGAUGCGCAAGCUGAAGAAGUACUUCCAAUCGAGAAACUGAUUGGUGAGGCAUAUUCUGUCAUUGACAAAGCCAUAAAAGUAGGAACCUUACACAGGAAUACUGGCGCACGCAGAAAAUCACGGCUUGCUAGAAGAAAGAAGGCAGUGGAGAUCCAUCAUGGCUGGUACACCCCUGCUCCCACGGUGAAUGCCUAAUGGCAUUGCUCUUUUGGGCCAGAUUUAACAGUGCAGACAUGGGAAAAAAAAAAUCUAUUUUCACUUUCCAGAGAAUGAUAGCCGUGUCAUUUUUGUUGGAACUGUUGUACUCCAUUCAUAAUUUCAGUGUUCAUGUAAUCCACACUUCUAUUGUUUGUUUGUUUGUCUGUAUAUUUGGCAUUCCAAUUUUUUUUACUGAAUUUGAGUUCUCUUUGGUCGAAA